GUUUUGACGUCAAUUUUGUAAACAAAAACAUACCUCAUACUGGAAAGAAAUGCUGAUUUGUCAUUUUAUCGACUUAGUAUGGUAGCCCGAAUUUCAUAACACAAUGGGAUCAUUACUUGUAACGCCGUCGUCGGGUAACCGACAAGAGAUGCAAACACGGAAUAAUCAUUUAGCAAGAGAAGUUUGCGAAGAUUCGACAUUGGAAAACAUUUGUCCAAAGAGACCACUAUACUCUACAAAUAACUAUUAUCAGUACUACACGGGACAGCUGGGACCAGAUCACUUCUUUCAUUUAUAUACUGAGUUAUGUGGAAUAACUAUUUACGGAGAGGAGUGUGACUUAGAAUGGAAUUUAUUAAGACUUUAUUUAGGCCAUGGAUAUAGGCAUAUCGAUAUUCUGACUUGCGAAGACUUUAUUGAGAAAACUACUAUGAGGUAUCUUCGGAUCGGGAUCAAUUUUGGUGAGGAGCUUGACGAAAUGGAUUUUCGAACAGAAAUAGAGAAAAGAAGAUUAGAAGAAUUCGGAAAAAUAGGAAGUAAACUUUUGAAAUACCCAGCUCAUGGACAACAAUUAUUUUGUACAAUAAAGACUGGUGAUAUGUACACUGCUACAUUUAUGAAAUUUCCAUUUAUGACAGAAGUGUUUAAUCAGUUACAUCUUUCAACUAGAUCGACACUUAUGUCAACGACCGAAGCCCGUCUGAAAACAUGCAAAAGACUUCAGAAUACAUACGACGCAAGCGUGGAAGACUUUGCCUACAACCUUGCUGAAGCCGGUCUAUAUCUCACUACCGACGCAGUGCUUUCUCAGUGUUUUGAAUGCGGUGGGUUAGUAAAUAUUGGAAAAUUGGAUUUUGAUCCCUGGCACAUGCAUGCCAAAUAUCACCCAUGCUGUCCUUACUUGCUAGAAAACAAACGACAAGAUUACGUGGAUAGAGUAAGGAGAGAGUUCAAGAAACAAGUUGUCCUAAAACCACGUUGUAUUUUACAAUUUGACAAUCGAUGGCAUGCGCCAGAUACGGAGGAAAAUAACGACGAUACUGAUUGGACAGAUUCAGGAUCAGAGUGUAGUGACUACUACUCCGAAAAUGAAGAAAACGACAGUGAUGACGGGUGGUAAAUUUGAUGAUUGUUUACUGUUUUCAAAAUCCAUUCCAUGAAGUAUCUUUAGUAGUUACUUGGAACAGGCAGUGCUUUAUAUGAUAGAAACUAUCAUGUGAUAAUUUAGUGUUUAGAAAAUAUGGAUAAUGGAACUUUAAGUUUCAUAUAUUAGAACUCUUAUCACUUGAAACUGACAUUAUUAUGAUUCAUGCAAUACGGACAAAAAAAUGCUGAGUGUUACAAACCUUUCAUCAUCUUUGCCAUGAUAUAUAAUAAUAUCUCGCUAUAUUGUCAAAACUUCAUGUAUAAAAAAAAAUAUACUUACUUCACAAAGUGCAUUCCCGUCUUUUGUAGAUAUUAGUGAAACAACGUUAGCAUCAUUUUGAUCUUUUUUUUUCAAUAUGAAACCUUUUGGAAGAGUGCAUAUAGUCUAAAACAUAUGGUUUGCUAUUAACAAAAUAAUUUGUUCAUUUAAGAAAUGUGAUAUGUUUGUUAUGCCUUUGUGGUAAUAAAAGACCAUACAUUCUAAAACAG